CAUUGCAAAACUUCAAACCGCCGGAGAGAGCAAAACUUAAAACUCUCAUGGUCUCUCUCUCUCUCUCCCCCAAAUUGAAUCCUUUCAAUUCUUGAUCAGUUUUCACUAAUCUUGAUCUCGAUUUCAGCAGUGAAAUCACCACCUAAUUACCCCAAAUUCACAGUUUCUGCGUAAUCAAUCGAUCAUGCCAGAAACAAGAAUUCUAGAGAUCAACCUGAUCUCAGCACAAGGCCUCAAGAUUCCACCUUCCGCUAAAAUGCACCGUAUGCACACCUACGCCAUCGCCUGGGUAGAUCCGUCAUCCAAACUCCGCAGCCACCUCGACCGCGUCGGCGGCGAAAACCCUACGUGGAACGAGAAGUUCAUCUUCCGUGUUCCUCCGUCGUUCAUCUACGGCGACACUUCCGCCGUUCAAGUCGAGAUCUACGCAUGCGGUUACAUCAGAGAUUACCUAAUCGGCACCGUCCGUUACCUCUUAAGCAGCAGCUCACUCGUUUCCUCCAAAACCGGUGCCGUUAUCGGAACUCCGGCGUUCUCCGCAGUACACAUACGGCGACCGUCGGGGAGAGUGCACGGCGUGUUGAACAUCGCUGCGACGGUUUACGAGAGUGCGGAUUUUGCAGCGUUUGACGGAAUGUCCGCCGUGUGUUUUCGAGAUCUGAUCGGAGAAAAGGAGAACGAUGAGAAACGCCGCCGUGAACGGCGGCUCUCCUGGCAUCCGAAUCUUAUUCGAAGCAGUUCGAAACGGAGUGAACGUUCAACGACGUCGUCUGGAGGAGAACGAGAAUCGUUUGAUAUUCCUGUUGAAGAUUCCGUUAAUUUAUCCGACGGAAAUGAUUCAACGACGUCGUCGUCUUCUUCUUCGACGACGACGGUGUUCAAGGAUGUUAACGGCGUUAGGUUAACCGGUGAAGUGGCGGGAAAGAAAGGUGUGAAAUCGGACGGUGGACGUUUGUUGUGUGGGUUGAUGUUGCAUAGGAGGUUUAGUUUUUGUCCGUCGGAUCAGAAUAUUAUGGCGUUAGCUAGACUUCACGGUAAGCAGAUCUAGACGGUGGUUCAACGGCUGAGAUUUGAUGUUGGUGGUUAGUUGCUGUUUGUUACGAUUCCGGUAACAUGCUGAAAUUACCAAAUUAACCUUUACUGGAAUUCAAUGGUUAUCUUAUGAGAGAAACUACAAAUGUGCAUAUUCUUUUUUUGUUUUUGUUUUUUUUUUUUUAAUUUGAAUUUGUGUAAUUGAAUCAUUACCUUUGACCGAAGAUUGACCUGCAAAUUAGAGUUGUUCUUGAAUUAUCACAAUAAGUUUUGGUAUA